AUGGCGGCCUCACUGGUCAUGUGUAGUCGCUGUGCACGAAAGUUAAAACAUAUUCGCGUAAAUCGACCCCUAGCCCUGAGACCACUAUGUACUGCACCUUCAAAGUCAUCUUCUGAUGAAGUGGAAGAUAGAGCUACAUUUGAUUUAGAAGCUCUCUAUACCUCUUCCAGGAAAAGAGAUCCAUUUGCUGUAUUGAGAGCAUUGGAGUCUACUGUAAAACCUACACAUUUCAUGCCCAACCCUGAGUUUAUUGAAGAUGCUAAUUUGCUCCCAAAAAAAAGAGACAUGAAGGAAAAGUGUUUUUGGGCUAAGAGGUCGGGUGUGGAAGCGGCCAAGUUUGUGAUCUCAAAUUGCCCUGGAAUUUUUCCACUUUGGAAUGCAAACCCUGCAUGGAAAGUAGAUGCCCAGACUGUUGCGGAUGACGACAUUCAAACUGAAGAUCAACUUAAAGCUCUAAUUGAGGAUCAUAAGGCAAGGAAGGCUGCACAAAUCUUUGAAAAAUUCAAGGAGCAAGGGGUUGAAGUCUCACUGGAAACACAAAAUCUGUUGCUUGACUUGGUUGCCUAUAAACUAGGAACUGAAUCAGCUGAAAAGACUUUAACUUCUGAAGAAAGGUCAGAGUAUUUAGAGACUAGUGAUGCAGAUACAGAUGAGAGUACAAUGGGUAGUGAUGAUGAGCUAAGUACCCCUCAGAAUGAUGGUGAUAGAGAUACGCUUUUAUGGAACAGUGACAAUUAUGCUGAACAAUUGUUCAAAAGUAUGAUGACAAAAGAUGGCAGAACAUAUGAAGCUAUGAUACUAGGUUUGAUAAAGUUCAGAGCUUACAAAAGAGCCUUUGAUAUGCUAAUUGAUGGAAUGAGAGCAAAUGGACACCAAGCUUCUUUGUUGACAUACAAUUAUCUAAUAAAGGGAAUCUCAAGACUUGCAAAUUGGGAGAUGGUACAGAUUCUUAUCAAAGAAAUGGGUAAAGCACCUGUGGUCAUUCCUGACAUCGUCACAUUUAAUUCCCUUAUGAGGACUGCUGUUGUAGCAGUUGAAGAAGGACAAAGAACAAGGCUUGUAUUGUCUUUGAUAAGAGACAUGAAAGAUCUGGGAAUAACGCCAUCAAUGGAAACAUACCAUCAGUUACUACGAGCAGAAUACCUGCCAUUUUGGCAGAAGAAGAAUGCAAGGCGGAAGAACAAACAACCAUUGCAAAAGAUGUUUGCAAAUCCUGCUGUUCUUGAUCUUGUUGUUACUCAACUGGAAUCACUGCCCAAUCUACCCCCCAUUGUGGACCCAGAAGAUACUAACUUCUUUACCACAGCCAUGAGUGCAGCUGUUAUUUGUAUCGAUGCUGAUCUAGCAAUACGUGUGUACAACUUGGCGGAGAAAGAGAAUAAUGCUGCCUUUCUUGGUGUGAAAUAUUCUAGGUUCUAUGCCACAUUUUUUGUGGCCCUCUCAGUAUCAGAUGUGGACUUUCAUAUACUUUAUAAGUACUACAAAGAAGUUAUACCUGAGAAAAUUAGACCAAAACCAUAUGUCUAUGUGACCAUUCUGAACCAGGCAUUUAAGACUCAACAGAGUAAAGUUGCAGUACAACUCUAUGAAGAUAUGCAAAAGUUCAAAGUAGCGAUUACAGAAAAUGUAGUCAGUGCACUGUUCAAAAACCUUGUUGCAGCUGAGAAACCUGAGGAUCUUAAAAAGAACUUGGAAGUCAUGCUUGAUGUUUUACAUUGGGUAGAUAUGUUCAAGUUGAGAAUCCAUCCGAUGACUAUUUCUCUAAUCGUUCGGAUGUACUCUGUAAACGAUAAACUAGAGAUGGCUUGGAAUACCCUAGCGAUGUACAAAAAAGCAGAAGCCUUUCCGCAUUUCUCGAGUCUCCUCAAUAUAUUGAAUCUGGCUGUGAAAAAAGGUGAUCAGACUAAAGUAGUGGCAACUUUUGAGCUGAUGGCCAAGUAUGGCUACGAAUUUAACGGUCGCCGACGAUUUGAAUAUUAUAAUGCAGCCAACCUUUCUCGUAAUGACAGGAAACACAUCGACAAGUUAUUUGAAAGUUUAGAAGUUCUCGACGAUAACAAGAGGAAAACAAGGAACGUAGCACAUAACUUGCCAGAUAAGGAUGAUGCCUUAGAAGAGCCAACAGAGAUUUCUGAAGGAAACCAAUAGAUUUCCAGAGCCCAAGCGAAGAGCAAAGAGGAUAUUGUGGAAAACUCUGUACAGGCAUUAGUUGUGGAUGUUCUUUAUGUGGCUAACAACAGUUGAAUUAUUUGAAUAACCUGUUAGCUCUUUCACUAAGUGUGUAACACAGAUGAGCAAAAUCGUUCCUAGGGUCUCUCCUCUUUCCAAACUACAAAGCGAGAGAGACUGGACAACCCCAAAGUUUUCUCUCUUUCGUUUCAGAUGGUUUGAAGUUGGGAGGCAAGGGAAACUAAAGCGUUUUCAGUGUAGUUUCGUAGCUCGGAAAGAGGCCAAUUUUAACUUACGGCAACAUACAGUGAACCAAUGAGAACUCAAAACAGCCGCAAGUACAAGGUACUAAGCGUGCACACAAACAAACAAAUGAAAAACAGAAGAGAGGGUUUCGCUAAAUCAAGCUCGGAAUGGCUCUUUUAAAAUGUGCACCUCUUAAAAGAUCGCAAAUAAAGUAGAAAUAAAUAAGAUUGUUUUUGCCGUUCA